CGCCUACAUCCGGGUAUUCUCACUGUCCUAUUGACAGACACCGGCGGAACUCCAAGGCGACAGUGUCAAUAGAAAAGAGGCGAAAAAAAAAAGAUUGCUAAUAUUUCUGUGAAAACAAUUUCGAGAGGGAGAAAUAUAUACGAGUUAAUUAUGAUGGUCUCAAACUAAAUGGAUAUUCUGUAGCCGAGGGUGAAUCAAGUUGUUGCAACCCCUCCCACUUGAGUCAACCCAGAUCCGUUCCCAUCGUCGGCCGGCUCACUACAUGUGUCUUUCAUGAAGAGAAGCGAGAGACCCGAAGGAUCCAGGCAAAUGAGGCCAAAGACGUUUCCGGCGAGCAACUACAGCGGCAACGCUCAGCAGAUGAUGCUGCACGAGAUCCGAGAAAGCCUACGCAACAUAUCGCUGUCACGGCCCUCGGAUGCUCUCAAGGUGGAGGCGCAAGGGCGCAGCACGAACCACAAGAACCACUACCACAAAGCCUUGCAGGAGAUCCGCGAGUCGCUCUUGCCCUACUCUUACGUAACCGGGCCCGCUCCUCCAGGACAAGCCCCCGAGGUCAACGUUCAAAUGCUGCAGGAGCUGUUGGCUGCAGGGUUUGAAGAGGAGAUGGUGAUCUGGGCGCUGAAGCAGACUAACAAUCGUAGCUUGGGUGCAGCUGUGGAGUACAUCAGUAAGAUGAGCUACCAGGACCCGGGUAGGGACCCGAUGGGAGCUGUAGCAGCACGGACAACUAACACAGCCAUCAAAGCACCUGGUCCCUCACACAUUCAGCAGCCAGUUCUGCGCAGGCCGAGCUGGAAGGGCUCCAAGGAGUCUCUGGCCCCUCAGCGUCACAGUGGUCUAUACCGCUCUAACAGUCCCAGCCCUCAACCUGACCUGCCUCGACCUUCAACCUAUCCCCAGGGUCAUGCAGCCAGUGGUCAGCGGGUGAAUCCUUCACCUUCUUCAUGGGAUUCAAACCCUGCCACCAAACGCUAUUCUGGGAACUUGGACUACCUCACACCCCGUAUCUCGCCCAUUCCGCAGGGGCCAUGGGCCGAGAGUUAUUCGAACCCUCCAGCCCAGGCACAGAGGGGCAUCAGUCCAGUGCCCAUGGGGCGCCAGCCCAUUAUAAUGCAGGGAUCCGGGGGAAAUAAGUUUAACUACCCGCCCUCCUGGCCCCAGAAUGGCUCUGCGCAGGUGGACUAUGGACAUGGCAUGGGCAUGGUGGGAAGCUCAAGGCAGCCUCCCCCUCCUCCGCCAUACCCUCUGUCUCAGGUGAGUCCUACGGCGCAGCAGAUGCAGGCACCCAAUCGGAACAGUCACAACCUGGAGAUGUAUAACCUGGGGGUCCUGGCCCAGUCUCGACCUUCAGCCCAGCAGCCGCCGCCUUCUGGAAAUGGCAGCAAUCAAGAUAUUCCUCCUCCAUCUUGGCCUCACAACAUGCCCGUACGCUCUAAUUCGUUCGCCAACGCCGCACCACGUUCGCCGGCAGCCAGUUCUCAGCCUUCUGCUACCACCGUCACAGCCAUCACACAGGCACCCGUCUUGCAGCCAGUCAAGAGCACACGCGUCCCCAAGCCUGAGCUGCACACCGCUGUGGCGCCAACGCACCCACCCUGGCUUCAACAAUCACAACAACCACCACCUCCACCUUCUCCAUAUCAGGAAUCGUCCGUGCCCGCACCAGCGGUGUCCCAGAUGCCGGUCUCGGAGGUCCCCAGCUACCAGGGCCCCCCGCCUCCAUAUCCCAAGCAUCUCCUGCAACAGCAGGCACCAGCUUCGUGCCUGGCGUACGCCAAGGACGACGAGGUUGCUGACGAUGACGCGGACAAUUCCAGCACUUGCUCCGGUGAUCGCGCCGACAGCUCAGAGAUUGUCCCGGGCAGCGCUGAGCGGGAAAAGAAGCAGAUCACCACGUCGCCCGUGCCCGUGCGGAAGAACAAGCGGGACGAGGAGCGGCGAGGGGAGGGAAGGGUGCAGCUUUACUCACCACAGGCCUUCAAGUUCUACAUGGAGCAGCACGUGGAGAACAUUCUGAAGAACCACCAGCAAAGGCUGCGACGCAGAAAGCAACUGGAGAGCGAGAUGCAGCGGGUCGGUUUGUCGGAGGAUGCCCAAGAGCAAAUGCGCAUGAUGCUGUCGCAGAAAGAAUCCAACUACAUCAGACUGAAGCGUGCCAAAAUGGACAAAUCCAUGUUUGAGAAGAUCAAGACGCUUGGCGUGGGAGCGUUCGGGGAAGUAUGCCUGGCACGCAAGGUGGACACGAGCGCCCUGUACGCCAUGAAGACGCUGCGCAAGAAGGACGUGCUCCUCAGGAACCAAGUGGCGCACGUCAAGGCUGAGCGGGACAUCUUGGCCGAGGCGGACAACGAGUGGGUGGUGCGGCUUUACUACUCUUUCCAGGACAAGGACAAUCUGUACUUCGUCAUGGACUACAUCCCUGGCGGUGAUAUGAUGAGUUUGCUCAUCCGGCUAGGCGUCUUCAGCGAGGAGCUAACCCAUUUCUACAUCGCCGAGCUGACGUGCGCUGUCGAGAGCGUGCACAAGAUGGGCUUCAUCCACCGCGACAUCAAGCCAGACAACAUCCUGAUCGACCAAGACGGCCACAUCAAGCUCACAGAUUUUGGCUUGUGCACCGGUUUCCGUUGGACCCACGACUCCAAGUAUUACCAGAGCGGUGAUCACGUGAGGCAGGACAGUAUGGAUUUCAGUAUGGAGUGGGAGGACCCGUCAAACUGCCGCUGUGGUGAUCGACUCAAACCGCUGGAGAGACGGGCAGCGAGACAGCACCAGCGCUGCCUGGCACACUCCUUAGUAGGCACGCCAAACUACAUCGCCCCGGAGGUGCUCUUGCGCACAGGCUACACGCAGCUAUGUGACUGGUGGAGCGUGGGCGUGAUUCUGUACGAGAUGUUGGUUGGUCAGCCUCCGUUCCUGGCUACGACUCCUCUGGAGACUCAAAUGAAGGUGAUAAACUGGCAGACGACGUUGCACAUUCCCCCUCAGGCCAAGCUGAGCGCCGAGGCGUCCGACCUGAUCGUGAAGCUGUGCCGCGGUCCCGAAGAUCGUCUGGGCAAGAACGGUGCGGACGAGAUCAAAGCGCACGCCUUUUUCCGGAGCGUAGACUUUAGCGUGGACAUGCGGCAGCAGCCGCACCCGCCGCCCCACGUGCCCAAGAUCGCCCACUGCACCGACACGUCCAACUUCGACCCCGUGGACCCUGACAAGCUGUGGAGCGACGACGGCAACCACAACGACACGCUGAGCGCCUGGUUUAGGAACGGCAAGCACCCGGAGCACGCGUUCUACGAAUUCACCUUCCGCCGCUUCUUCGACGACAACGGCCACCCGUACAGCUGCCCCAAGCCCAUCGAAUACGAGGAGUACAGCGAGGAAGAGGGGGAGGAGCCUCAGAGACAAACCCAUGGACAGGGGCGGGGCCUUGUAUACGUUUAGCAUUUUUAUUUACACUACAAGGAAAACAACACUAUUGUAUGUCAGAGCAGGGAUGGGGGUCUGGUGGGAACUCUGUGUGUGUGUGUGUGUGUGUACAGAAUUUUUAACAGUGUAUAUAUUGACUGGAUCAUAUUUAGAUGAUUAAUUAAGUGUGUGUGUGUGUGUGUGUGUGUGUGUGUGUGUGUGUGUGUGUGUGUGUUCAGCCUCCCACCUGUUUGUUGAGGUACGAUCUCAAGGCUGUAGUCGCGUUCUAAUUUAUUUCGAGUCGCACUUCGACCGGUGCCGUCCGAACAAACGAGGAUCGACAGAAUCGCGUCUUUCCGACGCCAUUCAAAGCCUUAAUUUAUUAAAACCCUCGUGCAAACCAAGGACUCGCUCCAGCGGGGGAAAAAAGACGAGCUCAACCCGCGCCUACGUCGCCAACGUCUCGUUAAUUUACGAUCGAGUGGAUCUCUUUCUCAAUGCUGGUCCAGUCCUCUUCAGGGAUAGGUGGAAUCGUUCUCUUUUUCUAUCACCGCACCUUUUUCCUUUUAGACUCUUUACACGAGGGGGAAGUAGCAUCUUUAGUCAUCAGAACUGACAGCUAGACGAAUCGUAGCGCGUCGUGCGAAUUAGCCUUUAUUUUGUGCAUUUUCUAAUUUAUACACUCGAAUGUAUUUAUAAAUUAUGUAGUGUACAUUUUUUUGUACAUUUCUCUUGUUGGUGUAGGAAAUAAAUCCGAUGGGGCAAGUUCCCUUCCUCUCA